CGCCGCAUUCUCGACCUUCGACUUUCGAGCCUGUCCUCGUCGUCGCUUGUUGUCCUCAUGGCACCUUGCUCUGAUCUAUUCAUAAGACAGAAGACUGUCGUGGUGACUGACGAGUUUGGCUGAAGAUGGAUAAUCUCUCCAACAUGGACGCUACACAAUACGAUGCCUAUAUUGAGCACACGAGGCAGACUGAAUAUCCGAUGCUCAAAGACGCAACAUAUCUCGAUCAUGCAGGAACGACCCUCUACAGCAAAUCGCUCCUCGAAGCCUUCUCGGCCGACAUGAUGGCGAACCUCUACGGCAACCCGCAUUCUGCUUCUCAGGCUUCGCAACGAUCUACACAACAAGUCCAGGAUGUUCGACUACAACUCCUUCGCUUCUUCGAUGCCGAUCCCGACGACUUUGACCUCAUCUUCGUCGCCAAUGCAACGGCAGGCAUCAAACUGGUCGCUGACGCUCUCCGUGAACACGACUCAGGUUUCUGGUAUGGAUACCAUAGAGAUGCACACACCAGUCUAGUCGGCAUGCGUGAGCUGGCAAGAGAGCAUCGGUGCUUUGUCGAGGAUAGAGAGGUUGAAGAAUGGAUUGAACGAGGCGGACAAGACACACACAACCGGCUUGGCCUCUUUGCCUACCCUGCUCAGUCCAACAUGAAUGGACGACGCUUGCCUUUAGACUGGUGUGGACGAGUACGAAGUAAAGGCAUGCUGACUUUGCUGGAUGCUGCUGCUCUCCUCUCGACUUCACCAUUGUCUCUUGCCAAUCUCGACAUGGCUCCUGACUUUACAGUUCUUAGCUUGUACAAGAUAUUUGGCUUCCCGGAUCUAGGCGCUCUCAUCGUCAGAAAAGAUGCAGCUUGGGCACUGCAGAAAAGAAAGUACUUUGGAGGUGGUACCGUUGACAUGGUUGUCUCAUUGAAGGAGCAAUGGCACGCUGUCAAGUCCGCUCACAUACACGAGCAGUUCGAGGACGGCACUUUGCCCAUCCAUAGCAUCAUCGCUCUGAAGUCUGCUCUGUCUGUUCACCACAAUUUAUUCGGCACUCUGGAGCGCAUCUCCGAGCAUACUUCCUUCCUUGCUGAACGCCUAUAUUCAUCCUUGCAAUCAUUACGGCACGGGAAUGACGAGCCAGUAUGCCAGAUCUACAAAGAUUCUGCUUCUACCUAUGGUAACAGAACCACACAAGGACCUGUUGUAGCCUUCAAUCUUCGCAACAGUAAAGGGCAAUGGGUCAGCAAUCUCGAGGUGGAAAAGCUUGCACACGUCCGCAACAUCAACAUACGCACUGGUGGCCUAUGUAAUCCUGGUGGCAUCCAAUCUGCACUGAAUCUUUCGCCGUGGCAGAUGAAAGAGAAUUUCUCGUCUGGUCAACGUUGCGGUUCGGAGAACGAUGACGUUGUCAAUGGCCAACCUACUGGUAUGAUACGAGCGAGUAUGGGCGCCAUGAGCACCUUGAAGGACGUCGACACGUUCAUCUCCUUCAUUUCCGAAUUCUUCGUAGACGCCACGGCACCGCCGAUUGACGCGAUAGACUCGCCUAUAUUGUCAGCUGAAAUACCUGCGUCAGAACAAUUGCAUAUCGAGAGCCUCACGGUUUAUCCAAUCAAGAGCUGCGCGGGUUGGCAAAUUCCUCAAAACACAUUUUGGGAGGUCAGACCUCAAGGACUGGCCUGGGACCGCCAAUGGUGUAUCAUUCACAGUGGUACAUCAGCCGCAUUAUCACAAAAGAAACACCCGCGCAUGGCUCUGCUACGCCCAUCUCUAGACUUUGCGGCCGGUCUCCUCCGCAUCACCUGCGCGGUAUGGCUUAAAGACGCGCCUUGCACAGAAAUCAGCGUACCACUAUCCGCAGACCCACGCUGCUUCAUACCGGAGAGCAAAACCUCUACGCCGACAAACGUGUGCGGUGACAGCGUAGCCGCACGCAUCUACGCCGAUCCGACCAUCUCUGCUUUCUUGACUGCCGCACUAGACGUACCCUGCCAACUCGCUCGCUUCCCUACAAACUCAACCUUGCGACACAUGAAACCGCAUCUGCGAGGAGCGGGAGAUCAAGACAUGCCAUUGCACUUUUCCAACGAAAGUCCGGUAUUAUGCAUCUCCAGGAUGUCAGUCAACGCAUUGAACAGAGAUAUUAAAGCAAGAGGAGGAACAGCAACGCCGGCAUCGACCUUCAGAGCCAACAUCGUUGUCGCACAACAUCCUUCCAUUCUGCCUGGAACCGAAAUGCCAUAUGUGGAAGACACAUGGACAUAUCUUUCCAUUAGUAAAAAGGAAAAAGCAAUAGAACCAAACAAAGGAGGCAAAUUUGAAGUUUUGGGCAAAUGUCGACGAUGCCAUAUGUUGUGUAUAGACCAACGAACAGCAGAGAAGAGGCAGGAACCUUUCGUCACGUUGGCGAAAACCAGAAGAAGUGAGGGCAAGGUCUGGUUUGGCGUUCAUCUUGCAUUGAGUGGGAAGCAAAGCAAGACUUGGGUCAGAGUCGGCGAUGAGAUUGUCGUCAGUUGAUAUGUAUACAUCACAGCUUCAUCUUCAGAGAACUCGUCACAGGUUUCCCACAAGAGGUGCAACAAAAUUCGUAUGCAAAACGCGGUAGAGCAAUUUUAUUCCAUUCGGCGAAGAAUCUAUCAAGACUGUAAAGACUGUUCGCUCUUUCUCAAAUCAUUUCGCCUCGUCGCUUC